AUGAAUUGUCAAUUGUACAAUCAAUUUUUAGACUAUUACAUUCCAGUAUUACAUCAAUUACAGCAAGAAAUGAACACUCACCAAGUACCACGAAUCAAUUACAAGCUCAUCACUAAGGUGACAGAAAGAAACUUUUAUCAAAUCACUGCUUAUUUGCAAAUUGCUGAUAACGAAUCCAAAGAAAAGAUUGACAAGUUUUGUCAGCUCGGAAAGCAAUAUUUGGGAGAUGUGUUCGUGUAUAGUGAACCUCAUAUGAGUAUGGGUUAUCGAAUAGCAAAGAAUGAAAGCAAGGAAACAAAGAAGGCCAUUGUGGAUGUGUUAAACAAGCACUUAAAUGGCACAGUACUCUCAUUUGGACAUCCACAAGUUUGUAAAUUUGAUGACAUGUGUGAAUUUAAGCCAAUAUUCUCGAAUUUAUAA